GCAGGCGCGCAUUUCCCGUGGCGCUCCGCGACGCGGGCGAUUUGGAGGAAUGGCGGGCGCUCGGCCUUCCAAUUGCUGCAAGGAAUGCUCUUCUACAAGCUGUACGUGUGGCGGUGACAAGGGCAAGUGCAGCGACUCCUCUCUGUUGGGCAGGCGGCUCUCGGAAGACUCGAACCGUCACCAGCUGCUGCAGAAGUGGGCAAACACGUGGAACUCCGUGAGCGCGGACGCGUCGGUGGCCUGUGCAGAGCGGACGCGGCGCGAGGAGGCUGCGGAACCCGCCGAGGAGGAGGACAGGCCGCUGGUGUUUCUGUGCUCCGGCUGCAGGCGGCCGCUGGGCGACUCGCUGAGCUGGGUGACGAGCCAGGAGGACACCAACUGCAUCCUGCUGCGCUGUGUUUCCUGUAAUGUUUCUGUGGAUAAGGAACAGAUACUAUCCAAACGUAAAAAUGAAAAUGGUUGCAUUCUGGAGGCCCUCUCCUGCACGGGGUGCUCGCUCAGGCUUGGCUACGUGUACAGGUGCACACCCAAGAGCCUAGACUACAAGAGAGACUUGUUUUGCCUCAGUGUGGAAGCCAUUGAAAGUUAUAUUUUAGGGUCCUCAGAAAAGCAAAUUGUGUCAGAAGAUAAAGAACUUUUUAAUCUCGAAAGCAGAGUUGAAAUAGAAAAGUCUCUAAAGCAGAUGGAAGAUGUUUUGAAAGCCUUACAAACGAAGCUGUGGGAGGUUGAAUCAAAAUUGUCCUUUACCAGUUGCAAAAGCUGAAAUCUUCUAAGUGCCCCCACUCUGGACUCCCUGCUGAUGGACACUUCUUUCAUAUGUAGCAAUUCUGGUUAUCAUUUCAUUUCACGUAGAAUGGAAGGAGUUCUAAAGGGCUGUAUGUAUAUUCUCUUGUACUGAUCAAGUGAGAAGAAUUGUAGUACUACUUUACAAUAUAAUAAAUGGUAAAGAGAUGGUUAUUUCCUGAA